AUGUCGUCGCCCCUUUCUUCCGUGAAAAUCAAGCCGGAACAGCCCAAAAGGGCCUUCUUCAGGAAGAUCUUACGCAGACGGCAUUCCCAAUCCCUGAUGAAUACCAGUCUGUCCACUGCCGAGAGCGACGAUACGAAAUUGUCCCAUUCGGUCGAUUCGACUUCGAAUGUGCGCGGGCCGCACGAUUCGCUGAGCCAAACGUAUAUAGACAACUGUCUGCUUCUCUAUGACCAUGAGGGCGAUAACCUCGAUAUCAUGCUGAACCCAGACCCGGACAUUUUCUCUGCUUCCGAAUCGAUGGCUGUAAAUGACAAAUCUUUUCAUACACCAAACUCGCCUCUUUUCCAGGAGAACGAGACCACGGAGCUUACCGCUCCCUGGGCAAACUUAACCUACGAAGCCCUUGAACAACCCAAAUACUUCAAGCCGCUUCGAAAGGGAAAGAAAAGUCCCAAGAUUCUCAACAAUAUCUUCUUGGCUCAGGAAUUGCGCUGCUCGGUGACAGAGUCCUCUGAUACGGAGUCUGAAAUAGAGCGUCCACUGCUAAAGGAGCCCAAAGGCAGCAGUCACACUCAGACCCUUGCAUCCAUGAACCCGGACGAAAUCUUGGUCAUGCAAUUCUCCCGCGACGGAAAGUAUCUUGCGGUAGCUGGUAGAGACGCACGUAUCACUGUGUGGCAAGUCAUCUCGUCCCCGCUCAGUCGGCUCGAGUACAAGAACCAGGAGGAUACAGCCAAAGCAUUCAAAAAGCCCAAUUCGAAGCUGAAACUAUUUCAAAAUGCUCCUGUCUUCCUCCAAGAGCCAGUUCGUGUGUUUGAGGGCCAUACAAAUACUAUCUUAUGUCUUGACUGGAGCAAGAACAAUUUUCUUGCCUCGGGCAGUAUGGACAAGACAGUUAAAUUGUGGAACGUUGAUCGUGCCGAAUGUCUUGAGACGUUUAAUCAUAACGACUUCGUCACAAGCGUGAGAUUCCAUCCUAACGACGACAGAUUCUUCGUCAGUGGAGCAUUAGAUGACUCUGUGCAAUUAUGGUCCAUUUUAGAGAGCUCCGUAGCAUAUUCCAAAAACUUUGGCGAGAAUGUUCUCAUUACAGCCUUACAAUUUACUCCGCUGGGAGACCAUUGCAUUGUGGGAGCCUUUGACGGCUCUCUUUUCAUAUUGGAGACAAAAGAUUUGCACCUUUCUUACAGAGUGGACGUAAAAGAACGUUCUGUCCACAAUCCAUUCCACAGCAAAGACGAUCGCAAAAUUACUGGUAUAAUGGUAUUUGAGAAUCCACAUGCAUCAGAGAAGCUUGACUCCGAUCUAGGCAAGUACCAUAUACUUGUUACCACUAAUGACUCAAACGUCAGACUCAUAGACUUGAAUCUGAACAAACUCAUGACUAGAUUUAAAGGUAGCCAUAACGAUGGCUUAUCCGUGGUUGCAACGGUCACAGAUGAUUCGAAUUACAUUAUCAGUGGCUCGGAAGACCAUUACUUCUAUGUCUGGAAAAACGAUCAUUCAAUCAUAAACAAUAAAAUCAAAGCAUCUCUCAAAGAAAUCUUUGAAGAUGGCAAGAGUACUUUGGCACAAAACUCGAAGCUCAAGAAGAUUGCCCCUGAUGGUCGCUGGAAGAAGCUUCUCUCGCUUGAUGAACACGGUGACAAGCCUUUCAUUUCGAAUGAAAACCACACCUACACUUCGAUCCAUGCGCAUCAUACUCGCUGUAAUGUCGCCAUUUUUGCUCCAGAGAGCACGAAACGCCUCUUAGCAUUUUCUGAUGAUUUGAUUUACGAUUUGGUCAGAAGACGGAAGAUGAUGGGCAAUACGGCUGUCAAGGAAAGUGCUCAAGCGGACGAGUUGGAGCGAGGCGAGAUUAUCGUUACUAGUGACAGUACUGGCCUAAUCAGGGUCUUCCGUCAAGAUUCAGCUUACUAUGCUAGAAAGUUCAUUACUGAAGAGUACAAAUCCUUAAAACUUGAGGAAAAAAACGAUCAUUCUGACACCGGCUCUCUCACUCCAAGUUGCUCCGGUUACCGAGCUGAGUUGGGAAAACUCCUGUCAAACACUCGAAGCUCUAGUCCAACACAGGACCUUGGCGCAUCGCUCAAAAUGAAACUUCAAUCCAAGCUCAACACUGCGCCCUCGAGAAAAUCUGUCAACUCUUUCCUGUCAAUGCUUCCAUUUCCGAGUUUAGAGAGCUCCUCUGAAAUGCGCAAGUCUGAGUCCAAAGCCUCAAAUUGCGCUGAUGCCAUUUCUGGCACCGCAUCAAAUUUGCAGCCCGCAAGGUAUCAUUCGGGUCAUAUAGAUAGUCGCUUGCGAAGUAUUUCCGCUUCUGAAUUCACUCGUGGGCGCGCCUCGUCAUUUUUGCUGUCCAGCACGGCAAUGUCCUCUACUGACAGUCUUUUGAUAAAGAAUCUGUAUCAGCACUAG